AUGUCAAGCAAGAUAUUUAAAACAGAAUUUGCUGUUGAGAUGACAUGCGAUGUGAGUUACAAAACGCCUCCCUCCCUCGUUUGUAAAAAGUUAAAGGAAACAGGUCGUACUGUUAUUGUACGAGGUCAAGGUGUUCCCGAUGGACAGGGUCAUUCAGGCGCAGCUGUUUGCAUUUUCGAGUGCUACGGUUCGGAUCCUUUGGCAGUCAUUCCGAAGGGAAAAUCAGGUCUAGCACGAUUUAUUCAGGUGGAUCCAGAGACAUGUUUAAUAGAUUUGACAGUGGAAGGCUUAACUCCCGGCAAGCACGGCGUUCAUAUUCAUGAAGCAGGUGAUAUUUCUGAAGGUUGGAAAUCCACUGGAGAUCAUUAUAACCCCACCAACGAAAAGCAUGGUGAUGGUGUCCAUACCGGUCAUAUCGGUGAUCUUGGUAAUAUCGAGGUGGAUGAGAAUGGCUGGGGCGAUUUAGUUGUUGAAAGCACACGAGUCAAAGUCUGGGAUAUCAUUGGUAGAAGCAUGGUCAUUUCAGAAAACGAAGACGAUUUGAAAGAUGAUACAAAAGAUGGAAAUAGUGGAAAUGGCGUUUUUUGUGGUAUUAUUGCCCGUAGUGCUGGUGCUUUUGAGAAUACAAAGAUGGUUUGCGCUUGCUCUGGGAAUACAUUAUGGCAAGAAGCCCGUAUGUUGGAAAAUAAAGCGCAAUAA